UUUCUCCCUCUCUCUAAACCCGUUUGAUGGGGCUCACGUCAGUGACGUCACCGUGUCAAACAGGGAGCGGAGGCGUUUCGGAAAAAGAGUUUCGUCCGGUUGUCAUUCCCAAAGGAGGAAGAAGGUGUGUUAGACAUUUACCUGUCCGGUGUCACCUGUUGCUUUUUAUGUCUGUCGUCGAAGUUUCCUGACGUUCGGACGUGAAACGCUGGCUUCACUGAGGCGUAAAACAGAAAAGGCUCUGAAGGAUGCUAAGAGGAUCCUGACACGUGGCCCCGACAUGAGCGUGACAUCAUGGUUCCUGGUCAGCAGCUCGGGCACACGCCACAGGCUGCCACGGGAGAUGAUCUUCGUGGGCCGGGAUGAUUGCGAGCUGAUGCUUCAGUCUCGCAGUGUGGACAAACAGCAUGCUGUGAUCAACUAUGAUGCAAACACUGAUGAGCACAUGGUGAAGGACCUGGGCAGCUUGAACGGGACAUUUGUGAAUGACCUCAGGAUCCCGGACCAGACGUACAUCACCCUAAAGCUGUCGGAUGUCGUUCGCUUUGGUUAUGAUGCACAUGUUUAUAUCCUUGAGAAGAGUCAACACAAAGUCCCAGAGGAAGCUCUGAAACAUGAGAAGUACACCAGCCAGUUGCAGCUCAGUGUAAAAUCCUUGGAGGCCAAGUUGAAGGAAAAACAGCAUUUCCAGACCCUGGAGAAGGGCAAAGAUGCCAUUUCUAGUGCUAAACAGCAGGACAAGGCUGAGCGAAGGGCUCAGUCACUGGCAGCUUCCACAGAURCUCCCAUAUCCAGGCCUACUCCUUUGUAUGGCCAACCAUCCUGGUGGGGGGAGGAUGAGGACCAGGCCAACACAAACCAAAACAGCGGAGGAAAAAUGCCAGAACAGGAGACGCCAGAGUCUCCUAAAGAUGCAUCUAGAUAUGAGGUCAAUCGCUCUCAGUCAGACAGCCAGGUCAAGUCUAUGUUCUCCUUCAGAAGAGAGCCCAGCUACUUUGAGAUCCCAACAAAGGAGUUCCAGCAGCGACCCGCCAAGAAACCGGAGUCUCAGGUUCACGAGGUUCCAACAAAGGAUACCACUCAGAGCAUCCCCCAAACCCCCACACAGCCCGUGGUUCAAAGCCACGCCUCCUUCACYAUUGAAUUUGAUGAAUGCACCCCAGGUAAAAUGAAGAUCAAAGACCACGUGACCAAGUUCGCUUACCGCCAGUCGCACAAACAGCCAUCCUCAGAGGCUGCCACCGCACCUACGGAGGUGAUGUCGUCAGAGAGUAAGGUAGCUGAUUGGCUGGUACAAAGCAAUGCAAGUAUGAUGAUGAGGAGGAGGUCCCAGGGUGAAAACCUGCACAACACAAACAGCCACUCAUCAGAUCAGAAAAUAACAAAUGCAAACCGCAGUGAGAACAGUUCUUACAGUGAUUCAGGUCAACCUGCCGUCAACAGAAACGACGUCCUCCAAUCAGAACCUCAGAAUUUGGUUCAUGUUUCGCCAAAGACUUCAAGAACAUCYUCAGAAUUGCAGGAGCUUUCGUCUAACUCUCCAUCACAAUCCCUUUCCAGUCACGGCAAGUCUGAGCUGCAACAAACCUUUGUCAUUGAGUUUUUUGAAGAUAAUUCAAGAAAGAGGCACUCCCAGUCUUUCACCAAUCCCACCGCCUCGCCUGAGCCUGCAGGGCUUCGACACCAGCAGGAGAAAGCAAACAAGACCUCCAGUCCAACUACAUCUUCCUCCGCCACCCCACCAACCCAACGAUACACUAUUCCUCUAAAGGACUCGGAUUCCACAGGGUUUCAAAGAGCUGGCUCUCUAAGAAGGGAAAAAACAGAAGACCGAAUCAGCACCGGCUUCUCCUCCCGCUCUUCUUCAUCGUCUGCAUCUGUAAGACCCUUUAGCAGUGUCGGUCGGAAAUCCAAGCUGGCAAAAGACUUUGCCGCUGAACGUCUCAGAUGGGAGAAAUCUUCUUCCAGCUUGGAGAAAAGUGCUUUCASUUCCCCUAAAGUAACUCAAAGGAGGGCAGAUGUGAUCUUUCAGUCUGAUCAGACCUCCACAAGCCCUCCUCCUCCUGAUGGACAUCACCGACAGAAGACUUCCUCCCCAGUCAACCAGCCUGUUCCUCUGAAGUCCCCUGCCAUGCCCACUCAGAAUGAUGAAUUCAGAAGCCCCAGAAAAGAGGAGGAGGACAACCUGAGUGAUACGGGGACGUACACCAUUGAAGGAGAUGUUCAAGAUAAAGAGGUGGAAGAGGCGAGAAGCAAGAUUGACCAGGUGUUUGGUGUUGUUGAGAGUCCAGAACCAAUGAACCAGAGUGAUGCAGAAACUUCAUCAGCAUUUAGACCUGUUAUUAAUCAGGGCAGGGAGGAGAAUAGGCAGAGUAGCUGUGGGGAGGUGAUGCCCACUCCAGAGCAGGGACAUAGACAGGUUCAGCCAGCAGCUGCCGGAGUUCAAGGGGCUCCUAAGUGGAUGUCUUGCUGGGCCAGCUUGGCAGACAGCUACACCGAAUCUGCUCCUUCGUCUGGCCUCUUUGACACCCCUUCGCAGAUGGAACUGUCAGGAGGGGCACGAGGCGCCGUCACCCAUAGGACCGCACGCAGCCAGCACCAAAACGACUCGGAUGCCGACGCUUCAAGGGCUCGACGCAUCCUGACACAUCUCCCCCAGGAGGAGAGGAGUGACCUUCCAACUCCCAGUAUCCAUGUUCAUUGUAACCCCAAUUCCACAUUUGUCAUGGAGAACAGCGGCUCAGAGGCCCCCAGGUCUCGAGAUGAUGUGCACAGGUUAACGGUGCAGGAUGAUGUAGAGCCUGACAGCCUGAGUGAUGCCAGCAGGUCAGAUGAUGGAUGUGGCGUGGAGCACAGCAGGAGGCGGCUGACUGAUGCAGAAGAGAAGCUAAGGCUCGCUGUCAGGUCUGCGGCUUUCUGCAUCGGGCCAGAGGAGGAGGAGUCCAAACCGCAACCGGAGAGAAAACCUGCUAACAGAACCUUUUCAACUGCUACUCUCACCAAACAAAAAGGAAUCCAGGACUCCGAAACGGUCAGAUCCAGUGCGUCGCAGCCCAUGCUGGGUCACAGGGCACAGAGUCCAGAGAGUAAAGAAGCUGCAGCGCCGUCAUUAAUCAGACAGGAGAGCUUCACCAAGGACAAGCCUAGCAAUGCCAGACUGCCUAACAUCUCCAGUCUCCCAGUUGAAAGAGAUCCAGACAAUGGGUUAUUCCUGAGAGGCAGCACACAGGACACUCACUCUUACCUCAAACAGACAGAGGAUGUUCUGGCUGUUUUGGAGGCCAAACUCCAAGCAGGGCAGUCAGAGAUCGCUCCAUCGCCCAUAACGGACUCACUUUCCGGGGAUUCUGAUGUGGAUACCUCCAGCACAGUCAGCCAGAACAGCGAUAACAACAAGCCAAAGUCACUGAUGGCACAACCAGCUCCUGGUGGCCCUCACAGCGACACGUUUUCUACCAACACAACUGGUCAAGACUCAAAUCAGUCUGAAAAGCCUCAUUCUUAUGGACCAAACAGAAGCAACAAAACUGAGCCUGUCAGGAAACCAGUCGGGCUCAGACGUAGUGUUGGAAAGUCCGGCUCUACAGACCUGAGUGAUGAGCCUCAGAGUUUACCUUAUUCAGAUCAGGAGAGCAGCAACAACCAAAUACAAAGGAAGUAUACCGUCCCUCUUCAGAAGGAGGACGGCAAGGGGUCCAAAAUGGCUCAAGCCUUGAGUCGUACUAGCAGCUUGUCAGCCCCAAGGCCCACCAGGGCUUCAAUGCUCCGCCGGGCUCGUCUGGGAGAGGCCUCGGACAACGAGGGGACCGAAACCGACAAGUUGUCCCAAGAAUCUAACAAUGCUCCGGCAAAGCAGACCCAGGAAGCCAAGAAGCUCUCCAGACUGGACAUGCUGGCCAUGCCUCGUAGGCGGGCUGGAUCUUUCAACACAACCAGUGAUACGGAGGUUUCUUCCACCUCRCAGUGGACGAGCAGGAGCUCCGGAUCUUCCAACCGCUCCACAGAUUUGACCGGCGGCUCCAGUCUAAAGGCCUCUGCAGGAGUGAAGCCUGGGGAAAGGCCACAGAAAGCCAUGCUCAGCAAAGCUCCCGUUACCCGUUCACGCUCAAACAGCGCCAAAUAUGCAAGCAGCACAGCAAGCUCUAGGAGGCGACAGAAAGGCUCUGACUAUACCUCUACCUCAGAUGAAGAGUAUGACUCAAGUUGGGCCAGUCUUAAACACAAACGCUCCCAACCUUCCUCAGCUUCUCAUAGUCCUCGCAGUCAGCCUCGACCCCAGCCGGUGGUCGCCCACCACCCGAAACCGAGCAGCAGAGAUUCUGAGGAGGAGAACCACGAGGGAGAGGCUUUCCACAGCUGGUCUGCACACAGUGCCGAGAUCGCACGGGUCUGUGCCUUGGCAUCUGUAACUGAUAACAGUCUGAGCAAAAACAUUAGUUCAUCUUAUCUGUUCUCCUGGCCUAAAGUCGACUUAACWUCCCAGAGGUUGAGUCAAGACCUGGCCAAAGACCUGGCUAUCUUAGCCAGGGAAAUCCACGAUGUAGCAGGAGACGGUGAUUCUCAAACGCCGGCAGCGGAGUCCAGUGCGCUGGUCGCUCAUGAGCAGCAGGUUCCACAGUCUGGACUCAACAGGGUCCAGCCGAGUUCUGCACCAAAAAAAGAUCCUGACCUGAAAUCAAGUGACCAUGAACAAAACUCACGUCAUCCACCUCGAAUCAAAGAUGAGGUCAGUGGAGACAGUUUGUUGCUGGGUCCUGUUCAUCAGGUCGCAGCGGCCAUCAGAGGAAACACAGAGCAACUUGUUGACAAGAUUAAGCUGCUGUUCCAGGACAGGGGGGAUGUCUGGGAAGAAACUGAGGCCAAGAUUAAAUCUGACUGUGAUGCUGCUGUUGGCAAAUCUUCCAACAAGGAAGUGACGUCUAUCUUGAGAGAACUCCGAAGUGUUCAGAUUCAACUCGAGGUCCUUAAUGCCGUCAUGGAACCCAGAGGUACAGUGGAAGCUACGAAGACUUCCUCCUCCUCCUCCUCGUCUGAAGCUCGCUCAUCCAGAACAUCUUUGUCUCGAGAGAACAUAGCUGUAACUGGGAUGUUUUUGAGCGUUCCUGAUUUUUAAACGUGUUUAUUCGUGUCUAAACCAGCCGAGGCAUUUGGAGCUUUUGUGCACAUCAGGUGAUCUACGCACUUAACGUCAGAAUAAUGUGGUCAGUUUGAAACUCCCUCAGUCCCUUUUGAGUCAUACUAUUAUUAUAAAGUUAAAAGUCAAAAGUACUUUAUGUUUUCUACAAAUUACCUCUCAGUCGUGUCUUUUGCACUAGUAUGGUUCAACAGCAUUCCUCUAACCUGACAAAGCUUUUUCCUCUCCUGAGUGAUUGUAAACAUCUUUUUCUCUGGUGAGGUCAAAGCAGGGAAUAUAUAUAAUUUUCUUUUUGAAGUAAACCAGUAAAUUUCUUCUCAAAACAAACUGUGGGGAUGGAAAGCCCUUUAAGUGCCGUACUGCUGCGUGUGUUGUUUACAAACUGAAUGUCCUUCCAAACAUGCUGCUGCUCUUCAAUGGAAAAUAUUUUCAUGUUAUUUGAGUUAAAUCAGAAAAUGAAUCUUAUGUAUCAAAUUUGUAUCCCUAUAUUAAGUUUCUGUUUCCCUCUCUACCCCCC